CCUGACAGCACUUACAGUCUUGCAUGUCAGCAGCAUCCUGUCACAAGAACUCAAAGAGGAACCAGACACCCACAGACACGUCAAGCCUGCAGGAUGUCGAGUUCUUUAGUCGUGUGUGAGGUGGACGCCAGUCUGCAGGAGAAACUCAAGAAGUUUCGCUUUCGUAAGGAGACCAGCAAUGCCGCUAUUCUGAUUAAGAUAGACAUGGAGAAGCAGCUGGUCAUUCUUGAGGAAGAAUAUGAGAACAUCUCACUGGAUGAACUCAGAGAAGAACUGCCAGAGCGUCAGCCACGAUUUAUCGUGUACAGUUAUAAACUGACUCACAGUGAUGGACGUGUGUCGUAUCCGCUGUGUUUCAUCUUCUCCAGUCCUGUGGGUUGUAAACCGGAGCAGCAGAUGAUGUACGCCGGCAGUAAGAACAGACUGGUGCAGUCAGCUGAUCUCACCAAGAUUUUUGAGGUUCGUAAUCCCGAUGAUCUGACGGAGGACUGGCUGAAGGAGAAACUCUCGUUCUUCCGCUGAAAUGUGACGAGCUUCUGAAUUCAUUUUCAAAUAAAAGUACAAAGUGACGUCAAAGUUACUAAAACA